GUCAGUUUUGAAAAAGCGAUAAUUGUGCAGUGAGACAAAAACCCUUGACUUAACCAAUAUGGUGAAAAUUCAUCAACAACCGCUUCUCCCCCUCAACACAGAUUCCCGGAACAACCGACUCAUGGCUCAACUCAGAGACUCUCUCCUUUCUCAACUCACCCAACUCGAUCCCUCUCUUCCCCUUUCCACCCUUAACCACCGCUCUUCCAUCAUUCAAUCUCGUCUUCAACAGCUUAUUCAUUCCUUUCACACCCCGACUCACCCCCCUUACGCACUCAUGAUAAACAGGGCAAUAGUGGAAUUAAACGAUGAAAAGGGUUCGAUGGAGGAGGCAAUAUCGGAGUUCAUUCGAAGAGAAUACGAGGAUUUACCGUGGGCUCAUUCGAAAAUUCUGAGUGUUCAUCUCGAGAGACUGUGCCAAGUUGGGGAACUUGCGUGCAAUGAGGACGGUAAGUACGUGUUUCCGGUUGUUGGCGAGGAAGAGAAAGAACGGUGUGAAGGUAGUAGGAAGAGGAAGAGGGGUGGUAGAAAGAGUAACCGUGGAGAUGGUGAUAGAAAAGCGAUUGUGGUAGUGGAAAGUGUUGAGAUUGAGUCUGAGACGAGUGGUGAUUUAUUAGAGGAAGGGAUUCACUUGCCUCUGAUGGACAGUGCUGGAAUUGAUGAACCUUUGACACAAGGUAAGGGGGAACAGGUUUGUGAGAGUGAUGAUCAUUCAAUUAGAUGUGUUCAAGAAAAGACACAAACACAAGCACCAAAUGAAUUAGAGGAGGCACAAAUUCAGAUGGUGAAUGGCAUAGUUUGUGCAGAAGUGUCACCAGUGUGCAUAAUGUCUACAGGUCCAGGAGUAGAAAUAUCAUCACCGUCACAGUUGCAACCUGAAAUGUCUACUGACAUUAUUGAUAUGGAAGUAGUGUCGAAAACAACAGCUGCAUUAGUUUGUGUGAAUUUAGAUGACGGUGAUGAGCUUUCUCAGCAUUACAAUCAAGAAGGUUCUAAUGGAAACCUCGACGAGAACCAGAUGUUUGAGUGUCUUGAGAAGAAACAACCAAAGUGUAGCAGAGGCCGGAAAAAACAACCGAUGUGUCCCAGAGGAAGGCCUCGUAAUAGAGAAACUGAUGUAAACUGUCAAGAGGAGCCGUUUUUACAUAAGCUGGGACCAACCAGAAACAACAAGAAACAGAAUGGUCAAACUAGAGGUCGAGGGAGGCCUCGUAAGGUAAUUGAAGAUACUGAACAUUGCGAAAAUAUAUUAAAGAAAAAAGAUCAAGCUAAGUUGUGGGGUCGUGGUCGAGGCCGUGGUUGCGGUAGAGGAAGAGGGAUGCGUCCCAAACUUUCUGAGGAGUCGAUAGCGAGUCUGACACCAUAGCAGAGGCACCAGCUUCCUUCUUAAUCCACAAGCAUGUGAAGUUCAAGGUAGAGGUGGAUGCAGGCCUCUUAAAUCAAAGCCAGAUUUAAGGUGCUAUUUCACUUUGUACGUGUAUGAAGUGUAGUAACAAAUCCACAAAGAAGCAAUUAUUGGCUAGGGUCUGCUAUAUCUGAAAAGGUCAUCAAAUAUAGUUGCUUGGUUGCUCCUAAUUCUUAAUCUGAAGUACAUAUAUUUGCUAGAUGUUAGUUUGAUUGGAUUCUUACAGCUGACUGCUAUACUGCAUAUGUUCUCCUGUUUUGAUAAAUGAUUAAUGUAUUCUUUUUCUAUCA